CUCCACCCGUGAAAGUUGAAAGCACUCUUACAAAAAAAUCUCUGACUCUUUUCCAUUGAGUGGAGAAGAGAGCAACACUUCAUAAAGUUACCUUUCAUCCCCGAUUCCGCAUUCAACGGUCCAGAUUCACUGUCUCAACAACAACAACACACACACACUUUAUAAUUCGUGUUUCUAUUUUCAAUCACAUUUUUCUCCGAAGAGUCAAUUCAAAAUAUCACAAAAUGGGGUCUCAUCUUUUCCUUCUAUUUUCAUCAUCAAUCAUCUUCGCUUCAGGAAUAUUAUUUCUCACAGCUGAAUCAAAAACACAUUGGGGUGACAUAAAAGUUCUAAAGGAACUAAAACAAAAACUAAACCCUGAUUCCGUGUAUCCAGGUUCAUGCGUUUCCACCUGGGACUUCAAUCACGACCCUUGCGAUAAUCUCUUCAGCGAAAAAUUCACUUGCGGUUUCAGAUGCGACGUCGUCGUUUCCAAACUGAGUCGACUCACCGAACUCAGUCUCGACCAAGCUGGUUACUCUGGCUCACUCUCCACCAUCACUUUUAACCUUCCUUAUCUCGAAACUCUCGAUUUUUCAAACAACUUCUUCACCGGUAACUUUCCCGAAUCACUUUCAAACUUAACUCGUCUGAGUCGACUCAGUCUAUCGACAAACUCGUUCACCGGUGAAAUUCCCUUUUCCUUCGGAACUUCCCUUUCCAACCUCCAAGAGUUGUAUCUCGAUAACAACAAUCUUCAAGGAACAAUUCCUUCGAGUUUCAACAAUCUUCAAAGAUUAACAAGACUUGAACUUCAAAACAAUAAAUUUUACGGAAAUGUCCCUGAUUUGGGUUAUUUGAAAAACCUUUACUACAUGGAUCUAAGCAACAAUGGAUUCUCCGGUGUACCGUUUUCAUUACCGGUUUCUUUAGUUCAGAUUUCAAUAAGGAACAACAAUUUAAACGGUUCUUUAUCCUCUGAAAGCUUCAAGAAUUUGAUGUAUCUACAAGUAGUUGAUUUGAGUUCAAACAAAAUCAGUGGAAAUGCUCCUUCGAUUUUCUUCGAGCUUCCAUCGUUGCAACAGUUAACACUUUCAUACAACGAAUUUUCUUCCAUUGAAGUUCCAUCUUACGGAACAGAAUCGCUGAGCGAGCUUAUAGCUGUUGAUUUAAGCAACAACAAGCUUCAAGGUGUUUUACCUUUGUUUUUGGCUAUGAUGCCAAAGCUUUCGUCUUUGUCUUUGGAGAAUAACCGGUUCACCGGUUUGAUUCCGGUUCAGUUUGCAUUGAAAACGGUUUAUCCGGAAAUUGGGAUUGCCCCGUUUGGUAGGCUUUUGUUAGGGGGUAAUUAUUUGUUUGGAGGGAUACCUCGUCCUUUGUUGGUUCUUAAACAAGAUUAUGCUAAUGUGAGUUUAGUUGAUAAUUGUUUGUAUAGGUGUCCUCAUAGAUUCUUUUUUUGUCAAGGUGGACAACAGAAAUCAUCAUCACAAUGUUUCAAUGUAAUUAUCCCUUAGAUGAAAAUUAAUUUUUAAUCAUGGUUCUUAAUUUCAUAA